CAAGCGAUCAAGUUUGUUUGCUUGUCUAGUAUUUUCUUAACGUUACAAAGUCCAUUUAAAAAUAAACUAUUUUGUGAUUUCGUGUUUUAUGUGCAUAAGCGCACACCAAAGUGUAUUUAUUUAACAUUUUAAUUGUAAAUUGAAUGCUGCCUAUUGUCGUUUGAAAUACAAUACAACUAAAGCGUCAUUGAGGUAUGGCUGAAGCCCAUGCCGCCGUUGCCUUUUCGUUUGCGAUCACGCACGAGGGCUUCGAUAUCAACUAUGACCAUGAGGUGCUCAACUUGGUGUGGAACUCGGGCGUGCGCUCCUGGAAAAAGCGCAUGGCGCGUGCCAGAAACGGCAUACGCAAUGGCGUUUACCCGGCGCAUAUACAAAGCUUAUGGCUGAUCACAGCCAUUGCGCUGGGCCUGCACUUAGCAGGCUACCAAGCGCCAUUUAAUUUAACCAACAAAAUUCUGGUGCAUCUGCCCUCCAAUACGAUGAACUGGCAGAUUACCGCUUGCUUUCUAUGCGCGCUUGUUAUUUGGCUAUCCAUAUGCUUUACCAUGCGCUACACGCUGAAGCUGCUGCUCAUAUACAAGGGCUGGAUGUACGAGUCGAGAGCGCCUGGCAGUCGUGUCUCCAUACCCACCAUGCUGUGGGUGGCCGUGGUGCGCGUGCUCAGCAGCUGGAACAAGCCAGGAUUGUACAGUUUUCAAGGCUCGCUGCCGCGCUUGCCGCUGCCCUCGGUGCACGAUACCAUGUCGCGUUAUCUGCGCUCGGUGCGUCCGCUGCUGGAUGAUGAGAACUACGCGCGCAUGCAGGGCUUGGCCAAGGAGUUCGAGCAAACCAUUGGCAAGAAGCUGCAGUGGUAUCUGGUGUUGAAGAGCUGGUGGUCCACCAACUAUGUGUCCGAUUGGUGGGAGGAGUAUGUUUAUCUGCGCGGUCGCGGUCCGCUGUGUGUGAAUAGCAAUUUCUACGGCACCGAUGCCAUCUUUAUGAAUCUCACCAACAAUCAAGCGGCGCGUGCCGCCAAUGUUAUAUCGCUGCUGCUGAACUUCAGACGUCUGAUUGAGCAUCAGGAGCUGCAGCCCAUUAUGGUGCAAGGCAUGAUACCGCUUUGCUCCUGGCAAUACGAGCGCACGUUCAAUACAGCGCGCGUGCCUGGACUCGAAACAGAUCGCAUUGUGCAUUACAAGGACUCCAAUCAUAUUGUGGUGCUGCAUCAGGGCUGCUACUACAAGAUGCUUAUCUACUACAAAGGACGCAUACUGCGUCCUUGCGAGCUGCAGAUUCAAAUUGAGGACAUUUUGAAAGCCAAGGCAACGCCUUUGGAGGGUGAGGAACAUUUGGCUGCGCUGACUGCCUGGAAUCGCUCCAAGUGGGCCGAAGCACGCAACACACAUUUCUCUCGUGGCGUCAACAGCGUCUCGCUGCGCACCAUCGAAUCCGCCGCCUUUGUGCUCUCACUGGACGAUGAGCCCUACGAGUUUGAUCUGAAGCGUCCCGAGCUGCUGGACAACUUUGGCAAGAAGCUGCUGCAUGGCAAUGGCUACAAUCGUUGGUUCGACAAGUGCUUCACUGUCUGCGUGGGCACCAAUGGACGUGUUGGCUUCAAUGCUGAGCACACCUGGUCUGACGCUGCCAUCGCCUCACACAUGUGGGAGAAUCUAAUUGUUGACGAUCUUGUAUCGGAUGGCUACGAUGAGACUGGCAAUACCAAAGGCACGCCAGAGUUCCAGCCACCAACUCCUACGCGCCUCAACUGGGAUCUGAAGCCGUGCCUUGCGCAGAUUGAGGAGGCUACCAUGGAUGCCACUAAGCUUGUGAAUGAAGUUGAUUUGCGCAUAUUGGUGCACCAAGAAUACGGCAAGGGCUUCAUGAAGAAGUGUCGUCUCUCACCAGAUGCUUAUAUUCAAAUGGCCCUGCAGCUAGCCUACUAUCGCGAUGCGGGACGCUUCUCGCUUACCUACGAAGCCUCCAUGACGCGCCUCUUCCGCGAGGGUAGAACUGAAACUGUGCGUCCCUGCACCAUUGAAUCCGCUGCUUGGGUUAAAGCCAUGCAGGAUCCCAACAUAACUAAUGAUAAACGCGUGGAGAUGCUGCAGGCUGCUUGCGAUCGUCAUCAGCUUGGCUAUCAGGAUGCCAUGUGCGGUCGCGGCAUUGAUCGUCAUCUGUUCUGUCUAUAUGUUGUCUCCAAGUACCUGGAAGUGGACUCGCCGUUCCUCAAUGAAGUGCUUAGCGAACCCUGGCGCUUGUCCACUAGUCAAACACCACAUGGUCAAACGCCAAAAAUGGAUCUGAAGAAGCAUCCGAACUGCAUUAGCGCUGGCGGUGGCUUUGGACCAGUUGCAGAUGAUGGUUAUGGUGUGUCCUACAUCAUUGCUGGUGAAAAUUUGAUAUUCUUCCAUAUCUCAGCCAAGACCACAUGCGGGCAAACGAAUGUACAUCGUUUCUCGCAGAACAUUUGCCAGGCCUUGGCUGAUAUACGCAGCAUGUUUGAGCAGCAUAUGAAGGAUCAUCCGAAGCCCGCUAAGCCAAUCACAAAUGGCGCGUCCACAUAAUGUCAUUUUAGACCUAUUUGUAGU